AUGUUCGAACAGCAGAUCAAGGCAGAGCCUAUGAGCUUCUACACAUCUCAUCCCCAUGUACACUCCGGUCCCCCAACAAUAGUUCGGUCUGACAGUCAUCCCAUCAUUAACAUGAAUCAGCAUCAUCAAUCACAUCAAGAGGAUUCUAAAGACAGUCUAAUCAUACAACAGCAAGUACAACACCAACAAGACUUAAUGGAACAACACCAGCAACAAGAAUUACAACAAGAUGAUGAGUUAAGUUUCAAAGGAAUGGAAGACGAAGGCGUUGAAAUGGAAAUGGAUAGCCGACAGUGUUCUCAGGGUAUGGGAGUUGAUAUGGGGUCAGUUCAAACUAAAAUGGAAAUGUCAAAUGGAGGCCAGUCAACGCCUAGAUCUAAACCACAAGCGUGCAAGGUAUGCGGUAAAGUGUUGUCAUCUGCAUCGUCAUAUUAUGUUCAUAUGAAGCUGCAUUCUGGAAACAAACCAUUUCAGUGUACUGUUUGCGACGCAGCGUUUUGCCGUAAACCGUACCUGGAGGUGCACAUGCGCACGCAUACGGGCGAGCGGCCCUUCCAGUGCGAUCUAUGUCUCAAGCGCUUCACGCAGAAGUCCAGUCUCAACACGCACAAAAGGGUGCACACCGAUGAGCACAUGCACGCGUUGAUGGUGAAGGACCGGCCGUACAGGUGUGACCUCUGUCAGAUGCGGUUCACGCAGAGCUCCAGCCUCAACCGACACAAGAAAAUACAUACGGAGGAGCACAUCCAAUCGCUGAUCAACAAAGUGCGACCCUAUCAAUGCGACAUCUGUGACAAGCGGUUCACUCAGAAGUCCAGCCUUGGCACUCAUAAACGUAUACAUACUGGGGAGCGGCCGUUCCAGUGCACCGUCUGCCUCAAGUCCUUCACGCAGAAGUGCGCGCUCAAUUUGCACGAAAAAAUACAUACGGUCCAGGGGAGGCCGUUCCAGUGCCUGUCGUGCCCCGCCGCCUUCACCUGCAAGCAAUACCUGGAGAUACACACGCGCACGCACACCGGCGAGCGUCCAUAUCAGUGCGACAUCUGCCUGAAGCGCUUCACACAGAAAUCCAGUCUCAACAUUCACAAGCGGACGCACUCAGUGCAGGGGAGGCCGUUCCAGUGCCUGCAGUGUCCCGCCGCCUUCACCUGCAAACAGUACCUCGAGAUACACAACCGCACGCACACCGGCGAACGACCCUACCAGUGUGACGUGUGCCUCAAGAGAUUCGCGCAAAAGUCCACACUGAACAUACACAAAAGAACGCACACAGUGCAAGGGCGGCCGUAUCAGUGUAUGGAGUGUCCGGCUGCGUUCACUUGUAAGCCGUACCUGGAGAUACACAUGCGCACACACACGGGCGAGCGUCCGUUCGAGUGCGAUGUCUGUUACAAGCGCUUCACGCAGAAAUCUACCCUCAACAUUCACAAGCGAAUUCACACCGGUGAACGCCCUUAUGCUUGUGAUAUAUGUCAAAAGAGGUUUGCAGUCAAGAGCUACGUCACGGCCCACAGAUGGUCGCAUGUAGCCGAUAAGCCAUUGAAUUGCGAUCGGUGUUCAAUGACGUUUACUUCCAAAUCCCAGUUUGCACUCCACAUCCGUACGCACUCAGCAGGCCCUUGUUACGAGUGUAGCGUUUGUGGCCGUACUUUCGUCCGAGACAGCUAUCUAAUAAGGCAUCACAAUCGCGUGCAUCGCGAAAAUCACAGCAACGUUUCGGCCAACAGCAUCGGCACGAUUAACAGUGUAGCCGCCAACACGAACAACUCCAACAAUAGCAACUUUGACUCCCCUGGCGUCUGUGACUUAAGUUUUGUUCCAAUGGUAAAUCGCUACAUGACCUCUCAAGGCACGCAAGUGUCGAUGCAAGAUACACAGAGUAAAAUGUCAGCCAUGUCACCCCAAUCUAUAGCGUCAAUAUCUUCACCUCCACCCCCUCAUACACCUACGCCGCAGCCCAUGUCUGGUCAAAUGCAUCUCGGAGACUGA